AUGGCCCGUGGCAACCAGCGCGACAAGGCCCGCGAGGCCAACCUGAAGAAGCAAGCCGCCCAGUCGGGCCCCCUACAGAAAAAGGGCAACAACAUGACCGGCACCGAGAUGCAGCGAGCCAAGGAGACCGCCGCCGAGAUUAUGCGCCAGAAGCAGGCGGCCGCCGAGGCCAGAAAGGCAGAAGCCGGCGCCAAGAAGUAA